UUCUUUUGUUCGCAUGUUUCUCCGAAUUUGGACAUAUAAAAAACAAGUACACUACGCAAGUUUUUGGGGAUGUUCACGUUCAAUAGUUCAGAGAGGCAGAGAAGAUAACGUUUGUGUUAAGCAGAGGCGUCAAUGAUCCAACAUUAGAGAAAAAGACACAUAAGAAAGAGAGUGUACUUGGUUGAAAGGAAAUGAAGAACUCUGCUUCAGAUAAUGGUAUGUACAUUGAGAGCGAUGAUGAUGUGGAGAAGGAUCUGCAACAUAAAGAUUAUAACGACGAAAACGAUUCGUUUUAUUCGAAUGAUUCCAACGAAAACCAGUCACUGAAACCCGCAAGUUACAGUAUCGCAUGGCCCCAAAGUUACAGGCAAUCCAUUGAUCUAUAUGGUAGUGUGCCAUCACCAAAUAUUGGAUUUCUGGGGACCACAUCACUGUCAAGAUUAGGCAGUUCUUUUAUUUCUUCAUCUUUGAUAAGGAGGCAUACUCAAGAGAUAGUGCCACCAGAGAGAAAAUCACUCUUGCAACCCCCAGAGUUGCUUCCUCCCCUAGUUUCUAGGAAGUCUUCCAUUAGGAAAGAUGUUUCCAAGAUUUCCCAUGAAGCUCACAUUCCUGGCCAAUGCACUUUUGGACAAGCUGUGCUUAAUGGCAUAAAUGCCCUUUGUGGAAUAGGAAUCCUUUCAACCCCUUAUGCAGUUAAAGAAGGUGGAUGGGCUGGUCUUUCUAUACUGUUAUUGUAUGCAAUAUUUUCCUUUUACACAGGCUUGCUCUUGCGUUACUGCUUGGAUAGUGAACCUGGCCUUGAGACUUACCCUGACAUUGGCCAAGCAGCUUUUGGUACCACUGGACGUGUUGUCAUUUCGAUAAUAUUGUACAUGGAACUAUAUGCUUGUUGCAUUGAGUACAUAAUUGUGGAGAGCGAUAACUUGUCUACAUUAUUUCCAAACGCACACAUUAGUUUGGGUGGAAUUGAAAUAAAUUCACACAUUUUGUUUGCAAUUGUAACCAGCAUCGCUCUUCUUCCUACUGUGUGGCUCCGUGAUCUACGCAUUCUGAGUUACAUCUCAGCUUGCGGAGUUAUUGCAACGUUUCUAGUGGUUUUCUGCUUGUUAUGGGUUUGCUUGGUGGACAAUGCUGCAAUUGAUGCCAAGGGAGGAACAACAACACUCAAUCUUACUACUCUUCCUGUUGCAAUGGGUCUCUAUGGUUAUUGCUACGCAGGGCAUGCUGUGUUCCCAAAUCUCUACACUGCUAUGGCUAAUCGGAAUCAAUUCCCUGCAGUCCUCUUAGUAUGUUUUGCUAUUUGUACAAGUCUGUAUUUUGCAGUAGCUGUUAUGGGUUACUCAGCGUUUGGAGAAGGAACAUUCUCUCAGUAUACUCUUAACAUGCCCCAAGAUUUAGUGGCCUCUAAGAUUGCUGUGUGGACUACGGUGGUUAAUCCAUUUACCAAAUAUGCAUUGAGUCUAUCUCCAGUAGCACUGUGUCUAGAGGAGUUGAUACCCCCAAGCAAUCCCAACUUUAAUAUAUAUUCCAAGCUCAUCAGAACAGCUCUAGUAGCUUCUACACUGGUGGUUGGUCUUUCAGUUCCCUUUUUCGGUUUGGUGAUGUCAUUGACUGGAUCUUUACUCACAAUGUUUGUUUCCUUGAUUCUUCCCUCGGCUUGUUUCCUAAGCAUAAGGGGUGGCAGAAUCACACGCUUUCAGAUAGCACUUUGUGUUACAAUUAUUACAGUAGGUGUUAUAUCAAGUGGUUUCGGAUCAUACUCAUCCCUCUCUGAGAUAAUUGAAGAAUUGUUUGGAUGAAGUUUUGCGGCUUAAAUCCUAGACAGAGACAUGUAGCAACCAAAAUCUAGUGCACUUACUAUUUUACACAAUUUUGAGUUUCUCAUCUCAAUUGUUUAGUCAUUUUUCUAUGAUAGUUGAUUUCCCAUUGUUUUUGUUAUUGUGGUUAUUUUGUGCAUGUUUGAUGUAUCAUGUAUGGGCAUAUUUAGCCUGUGUUUGGAACUGCAUUGGACAUUCACGUAGGGACCCUAUCGUACAAGCAUAGUGUAUCUUCUCAUCUAACGCGUGUUAUUCUUUGAGGAAAUGCGGUUCCAAACAUGUAGUUAAUCGUACAUAGUGUAGCAGAGAACCACAAUAGAGAUUGUAAACCAAGAUUCAAUGACUAUAUUUAAGAAAGGGUUUUGUAUA